AAGAUGAUUAGCGGUAGCAAUUCAAAUUACAUAUUUUGAUUACAGACUAAUUACUAAUUCGAUCGGAUGUCGGAGCCUCGCUCUCGCUAUCAGUAACGACUGAACAAACAGCCAAAUCAAGUUACGUAGGGCCGACUGCCAUUAUUGUCACACUCGAUUUGGCCCACCCCCUCAGGAAACAUACCAUAAUGCUCGAUCACAUAUCGAUAUCACACCAAAGCGGCCUCGUCCUUUGGUCUCGUGCUUUUACUCCCGCCUUUGAAACCCUUGCCAACACACCCAAUUCACCUAUUAAUGCGCUUGUCAAGUCCACAUUCAUUGAGGGCAAGGCGAUGACGAAUGGAGAAGAGCAAGGUUUAGAGAAGGACGGCUACAGUGUCAGAUGGAGUGUAGACAAUGGCUUGGGUCUUGUAUUUGUCGUGGUUUUCCCUGCACUUCUUCCUCUGACAUACGUUCCGGCUCUUUUGGAGCGUACCAAGGCAUUAUUUCUUGCCCUCUUCCAGCCCUAUGUCACUUCCUUAAUUGAAUCUCUUUCCUCUGGAGGUGCUUCCGCAGGAUCAGCUUUGAAACAGCUCAAGGAAAAGAUUGUGGAAGAGAGAUGGGAUGAAGUGUGGGAUAGGUGCUUUAGAAGCUGUGAAGGGGAGAAGAAGUCACGAAGUACAUUGGUAAAACAGAGAGUCUCAGAUAGAACCAAUCCUGCCAUUUCUAGUGCCGAUACUUCAGACGUUGAUGUCGGAUCACAAUCAGCGCUUAGUGCAGAAGAGAUUGCGAAGAAUGUACAAUCUUUGAAAGCGAAGAUGAAGGGCGGGAAGAGGCGUGGUGUGCGUGAUGGACUGAGCCCUUCCCCCUCCCCGUCACCGUCUCGCAAACCCCCUUCAAACGCGACUUCCAAACUUAUGCGUCGCUGGGGCGACACUCCAGUGACCGCUGAGGAUAUGGCUGCUCUCGAUUACUCCACCCCUGCUCCCGAUUCGUCAGCAAAUGAUACGGCUCACGUAGACAAAGAGUCCCUCAUUUCCUCGGAGGCGCUAGGAACAAGGAAUGAUACGGGAGCGUAUCAAGUGGCAGACUGGGAUUUCCGACGGGCACCUGCAAGUUCUCACGAGAGUCUUCCCUCUGAGGAAGAGAUCAUUGCACGCGGUACAUCCCGUCUUUCCCUGAACCGGCCGACAGAUGAUGGGUCGAAUCAAAGUUCUUGGACUAGCAUGUUCUCAAGACUUACAGGAAGCAAGAUCCUGACUCGGAAUGACCUGGAGCCGGUGUUGAUCGAAAUGGAGAAGCAUUUGAUGUCCAAGAAUGUGGCCAAGGAUAUUGCUGAAAAGUUGUGCAACAGCGUAGGCGCUGCACUGGUUGGGAAAAAGCUUGGUGGCUUGAAUAGCGUCAAGUCGGAAGUUCAAUCUGUUCUUUCGACCUCGCUUACCCGUGUACUCACGCCAAAGACGUCUACUGAUAUUCUGUUGGAAAUUCAACGCAAGCGAUCCUCUCACCUCGCAACCCUCAGCACUACAUCCUCCCCGCUCGACUCUGGUCCCGAUCCUUACACCUUGACAUUUGUUGGUGUCAAUGGUGUAGGUAAAUCUACGAAUCUGUCCAAAGUCUGCUUCUGGCUCCUUCAGAACGGGCUGAGGGUGCUAAUCGCCGCCUGUGAUACCUUUCGAAGUGGUGCAGUGGAACAGCUUCGAGUCCAUGUGAGGAAUUUGGGUGCUCUGGGGGAAGAAAUGGGUCAAGGCCAGGGGAAGAGGAUUGAACUGUUCGAAAGAGGGUAUGGGAAGGAUGCCGCCGGCAUUGCCAAGGACGCUAUUGCCUACGCUAAAGAGCACGCAUUCGAUGUCGUCCUCAUCGACACUGCUGGUAGAAUGCAGGAUAACGAACCACUCAUGCGCGCAUUGGCCAAACUUGUUACGGUGAACAACCCGGAUAAAAUUGUUUUUGUAGGCGAGGCAUUGGUUGGGAACGAGGCCGUGGAUCAAUUGACAAAGUUUGACCGAGCGUUGAGGGAUUUCUCUGGGGCCGGUGUUGGUGGGGUGGCGAGGAAAAGAGGGAUUGAUGGAAUCAUCUUGACAAAGUUUGAUACUAUCGACGACAAGGUCGGGGCGGCAUUGUCAAUGACGUACAUCACUGGGCAACCCAUCUUGUUUGUGGGUUGUGGCCAAACAUACACCGAUCUGAGGCAGUUGAGAGUCAACCAUAUUGUUCAGGCGCUGUUGUCAUAAAUCUAUCGCAGGGGUAUUACAAGGAAUGAUCAUAUGGAGAUAGUGUACAGUGUAAUGUAUUUCAACAGGUAUAUGCGUCGUAAUCUUCUGAAUCGAUAUCACUCUUCAACUG